AUGUCGGACCUUACCGUCGACAAUGUCGCUGAAGUGCUCAAGGAUGAUAGCAUGGUCAAGGUGGCCGGGAUCGACGUCGAUGGAAUGCUGCGCGGCAAGCUCAUGAAGAAGACCAAGUUCCUCUCCAUCGUCUCCGAGGGCUUUGGCUUUUGUUCUGUUAUCUUUGGCUGGGACCAGCACGACCGGACCUAUUACAAGGAGCUGACGAUCAGCAACAAGGAGAAUGGAUACCGCGAUCUCCUCGCGAUACCUGAUCUGAGCAGCUUCCGUCGUAUUCCUUGGGAGAAUAAUGUGCCCUUCUUCUUAAUCAGCUUCCUGGACCCCGAUACGCGCGAGCCGGUCUGUGCGUGCCCGCGGGGUCUGUUGAAGACCGCUGCUGCCAAGGUCGAGGCGGCUGGGUACCGCGCUAUGGCAGGAGCCGAAUACGAGUUUUACCAGUUCCGCGCACCGGGUGACCACCCCACUCCCGAACGAACGGCGUCGCAUACAGCGGCCUUUCUCCAGAACAAUGCUGUCGAUUCCUUGCCGCACUUGACGGAGGGAAUGUUCGGGUAUUCGAUUACCCGACCGCUUCAUAAUCAGGAUUAUUACUACGGCAUCUUUGAUGCCUGCGAGCAAUUCCGCUGCGAUAUUGAGGGAUGGCAUACCGAGAGUGGACCGGGCGUGUUUGAGGCAGCAUUACAAUUCGGGGAGGCGAAGGAAAUGGCUGACAAGGCAGGAUUAUUCAAAUACGUCGUCAAGGCGUAUGGAAUCAAACACGGCAUCACGCCUUGCUUCAUGGCCAAGCCGCGCCAGGGACUUCCCGGCAACAGCGGACACAUGCACAUGUCGCUCGUGACAGCCGACGGCAAGAAUGCCUUUAUCCGUGAUACCCCAGACCCCAACCCUCCCUACCCCGAUGUCGCGCACCUGUCCGAUCUGGGCCGACAUUUCUUGGCGGGGCUGCUAGUCGGCUUGCCGGACAUCAUGCCGCUCUUCGCGCCGACCAUCAACUCCUAUAAGCGCCUCGUCGAGAACUUUUGGGCUCCCGUGACCGUCUCCUGGGGACUGGAGCACCGCGCAGCAUCCAUCCGGCUUAUCACGCCACCAACUGCCAGCCCCAAGGCCACCCGCUUUGAAAUCCGUGUCCCCGGAGCUGACGCAAACCCGCACUUCGUCCUGGCAGCCAUCAUGGCACUGGGUUGGCGCGGAAUCGAAAAGAAGCUCGAGAUCCCCACGCCGCCCCUGUCCAAAGGCGAGGAUAUGGGCGGUGCCAGUGACAAGGGUGUGCGACUGGCCAAGUCGCUGAAGGAGGCGGUAGUUACGUUUAUGCGACCGGACAGUAUUGCGCGGGAAGUAUUUGGGGAUGCCUUCGUGGAGCACUUUGGCGGAACCCGGGAGCACGAGGUGCGCUUGUGGGAGGAGGCAGUGACUGACUGGGAGGUGCGCCGGUAUAUCGAGACGGUUUAG